UUGUGAACAUUGUCGUUCGGACCUCUAUGGCCUCAUGCCAUGGAUACUUGGAUAAAAUCAAAAGCCGACCAGUUUGCGCAGGCUGCACAUCAGCAUGUUUCCGCGGUGCACCAGUCGGCAUCCAAACUCGCGGAGGGGGUCCUGGAUUCAGUGGGCGGCGCGCCAGACGACUUCCGAAAGGACUUGGAGUUUCGCGAGGGACCUUUGGGCUUCACCUUGGAGGGAGACCUGGUGGUUGCUGUGGCGGCCGACUCGCAGGCGGCGCAGCUGGGGGUGGAGAUCGGAGACCGGCUGGUGAAGGUGGACGGAUACGAGGUGCCCAGUUACGAGUCGGGCUUCGAGGAGCAGCGCGCCCGCGCGCUGAUCGCCAAGUGGCUCAAGGAGAUGCCACGGCCUGGUAUCCUCACCUUCGAGCUCCCAGAGUCCGACGUGGAGGAUGGUAUCCCGGAGUCGCCCCGAAAUGAUGCUGAUAGCCAGACGGACGCCUCCGGGGCGGCCAAGGCCGGCGCAGGAGUGCUCCAGGCGGAGCUGCAAAGGGUGCAGGAGCAGCGGAAGAAGCUGGCCGCAGAGCUCCAGGAGAGCCAGGAGCGGGGUGCCGCGCUGCAGGCGGAGCUGGAGGCCGCCAGGAAGGACCUGGCGCCCACUGCGCGGCGGGCGCAGGAGUUGGAGGAGCAGCUGCAAUGUGCAAAGGCGCAGAACAAGGAGCUGCUGGCCGCGGUGAACGUCGGCAGCGCCGAGGAGCUCACGCGGCUGCAGCGGGCCUUGGCGGACGCCGAGGAGGCUGCCCGGGCGCGUACCUCUGCAGCCGAGCGGCUGCAGACGCAGCAGGCGCAGGAGGUGAAGUCUCUGGCCGCGCGGCUUUGGGAGGCGGAGGCUGCUUUGGCGGCGAGCCGGCAGCAGGUGGAGCCUUUAGAGCAGGAGCUGCAGGGCUUCCGCCAGGCCCAUGAGGUGGAGCUGGAGCUCCUGCAGAAGGAGCAGGAACGGCUGCAGGAGCAAAAGCAGCAAGAGCUUCAGGAGCUACAGGGCCAGCUGGAGGAGCAGAGGCUGAAGGCGGAGGUGGAGAUGCAGACCAUGCGGGAAGAGCUGCAAAGGUCCCAGGACUUGUUGGCAGAAGCUCAGGUUAACGCGGCCGCCGCCGCGGUGGAGGCGCGCGCGGCGCGCCUGGCGCCGCCUGCGGAAGCGCCGGUGGCCGUGCCCGCGGCAGGCGAAGAGCUGGAGGACGAGGAGCUCCGGCCACUGGACAACUUUGCAGAGGUUGCCGACCUGCGGAAGCGCAUCAACCUUCUGGAAACCAGGUGCGCUUCCCUCCAGAGGCGUCUGCGCAGCGAGGCUUUGGGCUCAGGCCCCCGGCCCAGCUCGCGGCCGGGCUGGGAGCUGAAGGUGGCUGCCGCGGCAGGCCCGCGCUGCGCGGCCCUGGCGGUGGCGGUGCACGGGGUGGCCCUGGGCAGCUUGCGGGGCUUCACGGAGCGUCUCCUGAAGAGCGAGGCCUGGCUCUGGGUGUUCUUCGCCCAUCUCGUGGUGCUCUACACCAUCGCGGGGUCAUGCUCCUUCAGCAGCGCCUCGUUGGAUGCGGGCCGCGGGGCCGUCGACUCGCUGAACGCCCAACUCGCCGCGAAGGCCGCUGGCGCGACAGGUGCACAGAGCCUCAGAGGCGCCUGAGCUCUGGGCACCGGGCCAAGGUGAAGAGGGAUCAGGAAG